AGGAAAUCUUCUAUGCAAUGUCACGUGUGCUUCAUAGUGUCCUUGAGAUCACGAAAGUUCACAGUCCGGAGCAUUGUGUUGUGUGACAAGUUUUUGUUUCUGUUUUUGCGAAAUCGUUGCUCGUUGGACCGAAUUGUUUCGUUUCGUCUUCCGGUGGAAUUGAAAACACGUUACUUACGCCCAAUGCCGUGCAGUUCACGUAUUGCGGCACAGAAACCUAGUUCUUCUGUGUGCAGGUUACUGGUGAUGAUGUUGCUUAGUAACGCUUGUCGAUAAGCCAAGAGAUCCAUACUCCAUUAGCAUGCCCGCAGAACCCUUCUUCUCAAUACAUUAUAUUCGUGAGUUCGUUGAUAUGGCUCGGGGUGAUCAAUCCUUGAAGACCUCGAAGCAUACAUAGCACAUGGCCAGGGGUGAGGUUGGUACUUGAGACCGGCGCGUACAAUGACUCUAGCUGUUGCGUGUCGAAGGUGGCAUCUUGGUGUUGAUCUUAAGUGCACCCUCAAGACCGGUUGUCAGCGACACUUCUGAGCGGUGCUGUGCUACACGGCCUAUCAUCGCCAUUGCGUUGACCCACUUGAUUAACAGAUUCACCGCAACAACAACAGCACUCGUUGACGGAUGACAGAACCGCGGCAAAUCUGAGCCCACCUCAACGAGAGGGGCUCAAUGGCUACUGCGGUGGGCUUUGCUAGGGUUUCCAUCCCGUAGCGUAAGUCCAAUCUCCUCGACUACUGCUAAUGCUCCACUAAAGUUGAAUGUUUGAAGCGAAACUUUGGCGACCCCAGUUCAACGAUGCUGUGUGGUAGUGGUGGUGGGGUAACCUUCACGUGUCCGGUUCCUCGGUGCCAUCUGACUACCCACACGGCGAACGCGGGGAUUCACUCACGCUCUAGCAGAGGGGAUUUUCUUUCGCUAAACCGCUUCUUGGCUCGGUUUGAGGUCUAGCUAGUUCUUGGCUUGGCGAGUAGCUAAACCAAGGUUGGAGGUUGCUACCUACACCCGUAUACCAGGGAUCCAGGCGGUUUCCAAACGUAUCAACCCGUUUUGCGGCUCAACACCGAAACUUGAGGCAACUUUCUAGCGACCGGGUGGUCGUCAUUGUCGCCUCACCAGUGCUGCAUAUCGUCCCGGCGUGCGUGCCUUCGAGACGCAUGAUGAUGAUGAUGAUGGCGGUGGGUUUUGAAAGUGAAGCCAUCACCCCGUUAUGAAUAUUCCGAUGAAGGAAGGAAGUGCGCAAAAGUUCGCAGAAAUCAAAACAGGCGGAAAGCGCCGGUAGGAGGACAGAGAGGGGAAACGAACUCGUACGGCACGUGUGUAGUACCAAAAGGGGGGGUUGCGUCAGUCAUCAAUUGCGUACUUUCGUAGCUGACGGCCAGACAUAUAAGAUAUCGAAUGCAGACUAAUGUGCCGGUUGCUCGCUUGCUUGCAGGGCGCCCUCGAGCUGCAGAAAGCUUUCAACGUGCUAGCGAAGAGGACGAUGGCGACGAUACGACGGAUUGCUGGUGUAACGACGAUGAAGACGACAGGUGUGGUGCCAUUGCUGGUGGUGCUCUGCUCGACGCUGCUGUACGGUGCUGGUGUCAGCAAUGCCCAGACCACAAUCGGUGCAACGGUUGUGAUGGAUCCGCAGGAUAUCACCGUGAUCGUUGGUCAGCGGAACGAGUUUCUGUUGAAGGUGCGUGGUGCACUGUCGCAGUCGGUAUCGUUUAACUUCUCCACCGAGCACUCGGAUCUGAUCAGUGUGUCACCGUCGACGUUAAGCAUCAACCCACCGACCAUUGGCGGGUUUAUUGAUGAAGCGUACGAAAUUACCCUGCUGGGUCAAUCUCCCGGUCAGUUCGAUCUGAUCGGUGAAAUACUGCCAAAGGGAGCGAUCGAUGAUGCACUAGCCUUCAUCCGCGUAACGGUGGCCAACUCGAAGGCCAUCAUCGUGAUCUCGGACGUCAUCGGGUGGAUCUACUUCGCCGCCUGGACUAUUUCCUUCUGGCCCCAGAUGAUCAUCAACUAUCGGCGAAAAAGUGUCGUCGGUUUGUCAUUCGAUUUCCUCGCCCUCAAUCUGAUCGGUCACUCGGUUUAUGCUGCAUUCAAUUUGGCCCUGUUCUGGAGCGUCUAUAUCGAGAGUGAGUACUUUGAUCGGAAUCCGCGUGGCCUGAACCCGGUGCUGCCGAACGAUGUCGCCUUCUCAAUACACGCCACGCUCGCCACGAUGCUAACGCUCGGCCAAUGCUUCAUCUAUGAGCGCGGCGACCAAAAGGUAUCCCGGUACGCGUGGGGCAUUAUGGGAAUUUUUGUGAUCGUAGUUAUAGUCGCGGGCAUUCUCGUCGGCACGGAGACGUUCCACUGGCUCGACUUUCUGUACGUGCUGAGCUACAUCAAGCUGUCGAUAACGCUGAUCAAGUACAUACCGCAGGCCGUGCUGAACUUCCAGCGCAAGAGUACCGUCGGGUGGAGUAUCGAAAAUGUGCUGCUAGACUUUACCGGUGGCAUGCUGAGCAUGCUGCAGAUGUUGCUGAAUGGCUACAACUAUGAUGAUUGGGCAUCCAUCUUUGGUGAUCCUACCAAGUUUGGACUUGGAUUGUUCUCCGUGCUGUUCGAUAUUCUCUUCAUGGUGCAACACUAUGUAUUGUACAGAAAUCGUGCCGAUGGGAAGACACUCAAGGAUGAGUCCUCGGGCACCAACACGACCAACACUAGCACUGUUGGCAGUGCCGACAUAACGUGUCUUCUAGUAUGUUUAACACUUGUUGGUCCAUCGCUUGGCCAAAACAAUGGCACGCUGCGAUUACAGAUCGCACCACAGGACGUGACGGUCAUCGUUGGAUCGACCAAAAAUGUGACCGUACGACUUCACGGUGCACUGGCGCGGCCAGUGACGGUUAAUUUCACCCAAACCAAUGCCACGGCAGGAAACGAAUACAUCAAAUUGAAUCCAGCUACGCUCGAGUUCAACCCGCCGCCAUCGCGUUUCAUCGAUCUCUCUGUGCGCGUCAGUUUGCUGGGUUUGCGCGCCGGAAUAUUUGAUCUCUUGGCACACCUUUUGCCCUCGAACUCGACCACCACGCUACUAGACGAAGGUCAAGCGUUCGUGCGCGUGACCGUGGCCAAAUCCUGGCAACUGAUCGCCGCCUCGUCCACCAUCGGCUGGGCGUACUUUCUCGCCUGGACGUGGUCCUUCUGGCCCCAGAUCUGGGAAAACCGGGCCAGGGCCAGCGUUGUCGGGCUGUCGUUCGACUAUUUGACGCUUAACUUCCUUGGUCACGCCAUGUACUGCGCCUUUAACUGUGCCCUGUUCUGGAGCAGCUCCGUGCAGGCUGAAUAUCUGCGGCGCAAUCCACGCGGUUUGAUCCCGGUACUGGCCAAUGAUGUGGCUUUCUCGUUACACGCCGUGUUCGCCACGACGUUACUGAUUGGGCAGUGUUUCUGCUACGAGCGUGGCCAGCAAAAAGUCUCUUACACGGCGCGCGCCCUCAUGACCGUGUUUGCGCUGGUCCUGCUCAUCUCAAGCGUACUGGUGGCUACCGGGACGUACCUUUGGUUGGACUUUUUCUACAAUCUUAGCUACAUCAAGCUGGCGAUCACCUUCUUCAAGUACAUACCGCAGGCCGUGCUGAACUAUCGGCGAAAGAGCACGGUUGGCUGGAGCAUUGGCAAUGUGCUGCUUGAUUUUGCCGGUGGGUUCUUCAGCAUUAUUCAGAUGCUAGUCAACGGGUAUAACUAUGACGAUUGGGACUCCAUAUUUGGCGAUGGAGCAAAGUUUGGACUGGGGUUGUUCUCCGUUCUAUUCGAUGUGUUGUUCAUUUUCCAGCAUUACGUGUUGUACAGGGAAUCCAACUACAUCGAGCUGCAAGGAGAAAACUACCCGGGCCCGGGUAGUGUGACUACAGCACCACCCCAGGGAUUGUCUACUUAAAUGUGGCCAUAGAGGAGCACGCUACUAGGAUCGUGUGGUGUAAUCUGGACAUUAGUACACUACUACAGUGAUCAUACUGAAAAGACUUAUAAUAUUUCAUUGAAUAAAUUGAUAUUACCUACAAUCUCGGAACAU